CUGAUCAACAACAACAACACAGGUGAGCUCCUGCAGGGCGACCGGCCUCCAGGUGGGACCAGAACCUAAAACCAUCGGGUUGGAGAUGUUUGGCAUUUUGUUCUGGAAUGAACUGCGGUUCCUUUUUGAGGCUUUUCAUUGGCUCUCUGACCAUCAUGUGAUUAUUUGGUCCAAACGGAUCAGGACGGCUGUUCUAACGUGACGACCGUUGAAUAGAUGUAGUCAGAACACUGAGGUCCAAAGUGCAGCCUGAACAGAACCCCUCAGAACCUGGUUGUCCUGAAUGUGGUUCUGGCCGUGACCAGGAGAUGAACCUGCGUGUAAAAUCCAGAUUUAUCUGCAGACAUAGUCAGCUUGCCUGCAGCCUGAGUCACUGUGAUUCAGCUGUUUCCACCCGACUCCUCCUGUAACUCUAGCCGGGGACGAGGUCAGCUAUUCUCACUGCAGCUCCCCAGAAUAACCCGGACCAAGCCCCUCCCCGGCCGCGGCGCCCCCACAGGGUCACGUCUGGAUAAACAGCACAGCGAGGAAACGUUCUGGAAUAAACUGUGGCGUUCUCUGGACAGACCGUUGGAGCCGUCAUGGCGUCCGCCAGCGUCUCUCGCUCCGGCUCUGCAGGCAGCGCUCUGGCCUUUGAGGACUACUCGCUCUACAGUAACCUGAGCGAUGAUGAGGUGAUGCAGCUGGCCAUCGAGCGCAGCCUGACAGAAACGCACCGCAGCUCCUCCACAGACCACAGCGCCCCCGCUCCCUCCACCGCCACGCAGACUUCAAGUGUCCAGGACGACGAGCCGGACCCGUCGGCCACCAGCAGAUACCCGCGGCGAGCCUCCAGCAGCCAGAAUCAGGCUGCACCCCAGACGAGUGUUCACUACAGUUCCCCAAACCCUCCGACAGAGAAGCCUCCUGACCUGAAGACCUUCGAUGGAACGGUGAGUCGGUUCAUGACGGGUUCUGGGAAGAGGAUGGUGGCGUACUACAAAACCGACGGCAGUCUGGUCUACAUCGCUCCAGAACCUGAAGAGGAGGAGGAGCCUCUGUUCCAGGCCAUCAGGGAAGGCAACGCCAGCAAAGUGAAAGCCUUGGCCGUGUGUCCAGGAACCAACCUGAUGCUGCCCAGUAAGCCGGGCUGGCUCGCCGUCCACCAAGCUGCGUGGUUCGGACAGGACUCCUGUCUGCGGAUGCUGCUGGCAGCCCAGCCAGGGAUGGUCAACAAGAGGACGUCCCGUGGCGAGACGCCGCUGCUGGUCGCCGUCAGCAGGGCGCAGCUGGGGUGCGUUCAAGUGCUGCUGGAAAACGGAGCUGACCCUGAACUGCCCAACUAUGACAAGGAGACGCCGCUGUACAAAGCCUGUGAAAGGAGCAACGCUGCCAUCGUGGCCACGCUGCUGAACCGCGGCGUGGCCGUGAACACCCACUGCAUCAUGGGCUGGACGCCCCUGCAGGAGUGCGUGGUCCAAAGCAACAUGGAGAUCUGUGAGAUGCUGCUGAAGGCCGGAGCCAAGCUGAACCUGCGCAACAUGUACGGCAUCACGCCGCUGUUCACCGCCGCGCAGAACGGGCAGAUGGCCGCGCUGCGCUUCCUCAUCAAACACGGCGCAGACGUCAACACUCAGGCUGACGAUGGAGCCACGGCGCUGUACGAAGCCGCUAAAAUGGGCCACGAGGAGGCGGUGCAGCUGCUGCUGUCUCAGAACGCCGACGCCAACAAGCCCGGCAAAACGGGACUGCUGCCGCUCCACAUCGCCGCGCAGAGAGGAAGUGAUGCAAUCGUCGCCAUGUUGAUCCCGGCCACCAGCAAGGCCCGGGUCCGGCGGACCGGCAUCAGCCCGCUGCACCUGGCGGCGGACCGUAACCGUGACGACAUCCUGGAGAUGCUGAUCGAGGCGGGCUUUGACGUCAACGCCCAGCUGUCCCCGGAGAGGAUGAGGCUGUACGAGGACCGCCGCAGCACCGCCCUCUACUUCGCCGUCAUCAACAACAACAUGGAGGCCGUUCGCAUGCUGCUGGACGCCGGCGCCGACCCAAACCUGGACAUGUUCAGACCGCUGAUGGUGGCGUCACGCGUGGGCCUCAUUCAGAUAGUCAAGCUGCUGGUGGAGCACGGCGCCGACAUCAAUGCAGACAUCCCCACCCACCCCACCACCUUCCCCGCGGUCUACAUGUUCUCCAUGAAGUACCUGCCCCUCUUCAAGUACCUGCUGGACAACGGAGGCCACGCCCUCCCCUGCUUCGACUGCGUGUACGGCAGCCGGCCUCACCCGCCCAUCAAGACCAGACGGUCCAACUGGGACGACGACUCGGAGCCGAUUCUGGAGGAACCUCUGAGGAGAGGCGUUCAGUUCUGUGAGAUGAUCUCAGCCCCCAGUAUCUGCCGGUGGGCGGGGCCGAUCAUUGACGUCCUAUUGGACUACGUUGGUCAUGUGACUCUCUGCUCCAGACUGAUGGAACACCUGGACAGUUACUCUGGGUGGAGCGCCAUCAAGGAGAAAGCAGCUCCGCCGCGGCCGCUCAUGCACCUCUGCAGGCUGCAGAUUCUGCAGCGGGUCGGACGCAGAAAGCUGAAGAAGCUGCAUCUUCCUGGAGCUCUGAUGCGCUUCCUGACACACCAGGAGGUUCCUCUGGAUGAUGAAGGCUGACCGGCUGCACCGCCACACUGCUGACACAUCUGCGAGCUACGCUGCAGAUAUUUCACCGUUUAGCUUCCGUAAAGAUUUUCCUGCUUCCAUGCAGCAUGAGACUCUUUCAGGGUGAACCAGAUCAGAACCAGAUAAUCAGAACCAACCCACCAACUGGACUGAAAAAGGAGGAGGAGGAGGAGGAUGAAGGCCUGGUUUCCCUCAGACUCUCACAUGGACUCUGAUUGGUUGAUAUUAGCAAUGAUCUCACCGCCGUGUUUUUAGAUAUUAAUUAUUACCUGGUUGUUGUCAUAGAAACUGAACAGAUUAUGUCAUGUUUUGAUGUCGUUAAACAGUUUUUACUGCAGCGGUCUGACACGUUAACGAGCAGCAGGCGCUGUGGAGGUCAGCGACCCUCCAUUACCGCGGCGCCGCGUCAGACCAGAACCUGACGUCAUAAAAACAAGAUGGCGGCCUUAAUGACUCCUCUCUGAGACGAUCAACUCCUCAACCAAUCACCUGCUCAGCUCCAGGCCAGAAUGAUGAGCGCGUUUGAACUUUGGAUCGAUAAAUAAGAGAAAUGAUGUAAUCUGUGAUCUUCAGAACCAGGUGAACAGAACCAGAGACCUCCAUCCAACCCCCUCCAGCAGGCUCAACGCCAAAAA